AUUUUAAUGUCUUAUGGAUCUAAUUUAUGAAUUUACAAUGUGCGAUUAUGGUACUAAUAACUUUUCAGGUGGUCAUCAUGGGAGGAGGAAAUAAAGGAGAAACGUCCAAGAGGAGAAAGUCUAAGGGGAAAUCUCCGGUUGUACGUGUUGACGAGGAUGAGUCAAUGGAGGAAGCGGAGGCACAUGAUUUGGGGGCCUCUCAAGAAAUCGUCAGAAAUGUACAAGGGCAACAGGAGCAACAACAGCUUCAGGAACAGGAGCUACAGGACCCGCAUCCUAAUGACUUGCUAGAGUUGGACCCUUCCACACUUUGGUUUGAUGAUAGGCCGGUGAAGAAUGUGCUCUCCGACUCGCUAACCGGCUACUAUGUUCAGCCUUGGAGGAAUUAUGGAGAGGUUGAUGAAGAUUCGAAAGAGCACUUUUGGAACUUGUUCAACAAAAAAUUCAAGUGGGAACCUGAGUUAAACAACCAAGUGAAGGACACUUUCGAAGAAAAGUUUGCAAAUCGCCUACGUGACACGUUCUACAACAUCACACACAGGCUGAAUGGUCGCAAACCAAGAUGGCUUAAUAAGGAUUUCCACGAAGGCAUGAUGAAAAUUGUUGCCACCGAUCCAAAAUAUCAGAAGCGGUCGGAACAAAACAAGAAGAACCGAAGAGGCGGAUCCAUGGAAAAUGUCGUUGAACCGACCCACUUUCAAGGUUCAAUGUCAUCUGUAAAACAUGCUAAAAAGAUGGUAAGGUUCCUACAAUAUGUCCAGUAA